CCUACUGUAAGCUGCUCACACCAACGUGCCGCCGCGCAAGCGAGUGCGGACGCUGCAGCUUCGCGACCCUCUCCGUUCUCCCCAUUCCCAUCACAGGAUUCCCUCACGCGACUCAGCUGAUUUCUCCUCACGUUUCGCCCUCUUAAGACGUUCAGACCCACGUGAGGACUGUCUGACGGACACGGGAUGCUGAGGACCACCGACAGGCUCUCGGUUCUUUCUUUGCGAGGUGCAAUGUAAAGUUGACACUCACCGGUGCCCCGCUGUUGGAUGAAUUUACCCGAGGAUAAUACGCAUUCGAGACCUUUCAAGAUCAACCCACGAGGCGGCAGUAACAACAGCAGCAGAUGCACUGGAGAGCAGCAAUGGUCAAGUCAGCGAGAACCGCAGUGGAGCCGCACUGAGGCAAAGCAGCCAACAAGCCCCCUCGUACCUGGAGACGUCGCCGACAAUUUAAGGGGUGUGGGAAGCUGAGGAGUGGAAAUUUCCCCCCGAACCUGAAUGCCUGCUCAGUCAGACUAACCAAAAUCCCAACUCAACUCCUCCUCUUCCACCUCCUCCUUCCAAAAUGACUGUGGUAGCAGGAGAUAACAUGGACGAGACCUCGGCUGUCCCUGGCCACCCUCAGGACACCUACCCUCCAGACCCCAAUGACCACGAAUGCUGCGAACGGGUGGUCAUCAAUAUAGCCGGUCUCAGGUUUGAGACACAGCUGAAAACUCUUUCCCAGUUUCCAGAGACGUUGCUAGGCAACCCCAAAAAGCGAAUGCGGUACUUUGACCCUCUGAGAAAUGAGUACUUCUUUGACAGAAACCGCCCCAGCUUUGAUGCCAUCCUCUAUUACUACCAGUCUGGGGGUCGCCUGAGAAGACCAGUGAAUGUCCCUUUGGAUAUGUUCUCGGAAGAAAUCAAAUUUUACGAGCUGGGAGUGGAUGCGAUGGAGAAGUUUCGUGAGGAUGAGGGUUUCAUCAGGGAGGAAGAGCGCCCGUUGCCUGAAAAGGAGUUCCAGCGUCAGAUCUGGCUCCUCUUCGAGCACCCCGAAAGCUCAGGCACCGCCAGAGGGAUUGCCAUAGUGUCUGUGAUGGUGAUCCUGAUUUCAAUAGUCAUAUUUUGUUUAGAGACUUUACCACAGCUGAAAGAGGAAACAACAGUUCGAAUAGUGGGGAACGUUACAAUAUACUUCAAGCCAAAUAUCCUCACUGACCCCUUCUUCAUCAUCGAGACACUCUGUAUAAUCUGGUUCUCCUUUGAGUUGAUAGUACGCUUUCUGGCGUGCCCAAGUAAACCGGCCUUCUUCAAGAACAUGAUGAACACGAUCGACAUCGUGGCCAUCAUCCCAUACUUCAUUACACUUGGCACUGAGUUGGCUGAAGAUCCCGGCACCGAGGGGGUGGGGGAGCAGGCAACAUCUCUGGCCAUACUCAGGGUGAUCCGUCUGGUCAGGGUAUUUAGGAUCUUCAAGCUGUCACGACACUCCAAAGGACUGCAGAUUUUGGGGCAGACGCUCAAGGCCAGCAUGCGAGAGCUGGGAUUGCUGAUCUUCUUUCUGUUCAUUGGAGUCAUCUUGUUCUCCAGCGCUGUCUACUUUGCCGAGGCAGAGGAGCCAGGAUCCUACUUUGGCAGCAUCCCGGAUGCAUUUUGGUGGGCCGUUGUGUCUAUGACAACUGUGGGCUAUGGGGACAUGGUCCCAGUCACUAUAGGAGGCAAAAUUGUAGGAUCUCUGUGUGCCAUCGCUGGAGUGUUGACAAUUGCACUCCCAGUGCCAGUCAUUGUGUCCAACUUCAACUACUUCUACCACCGAGAGACCGAGGGAGAGGAGCAGGCCCAGCUGCUCAAUGUCAGCAAUCCAAACAUCCCCUCUGAAACCAACUCUAGCCGCCGCAGUUCAUCCACUGUCAGCAAGUCAGAGUACAUGGAGAUUGAUGGAGACAUAAACAAUAGCAUCGACAACUUUAGGGAGGCAAACCUCAGAACUGGCAAUUGCACUAUAGCCAACCAAAACUGUGUAAAUAAAAGCAAGCUGCUUACAGAUGUUUAGACACUAGUUAGGAACUUUGGGAUCUCUAUGGGACUGUCAUGUGGAGUAGACCAUCACUUAGGAAUGCUUCAUUUCCCUCCUCAAAGCGCUCAAUGGCAUUAGGCCUACAACUAUGCUCAGCUACAUAGGAAGGAAACAGAAAAAAAACUAAGUUGUUCUAGAGUGUGAGACAGGUUGUUAGAAUAAUUAAUUCUUCUGAUCCGACAAGUAAAUAGGUAUAUCAAAAAGAAACCAUUGAUUACUACGCGUAUAUAUGGCUCCCUGGAGGACGCAGAGCACACACUGUCUUAUCACACAACGGCGUGAUGAUUGAAAUCUUGUGCAUGGAGUACAGAUAAUAUUUCAGCAAGUUGCACAAUGCACCAGAAAAGUCUGCAGGGACAUGCAAGCAUCUGCAGUCAAGUGGUAAGCGCCAAUACGUUAUGUGACCCCCCCCCCCCCCUCAUACACACACAUAUAUCUUCCUCCCUUCCUACAAACGGAUCUACUAUUCAGCAAAGCACCUUAUAGGAGGAAGACUAAUCUCUCAUGUUUGGAUGUAAACAGAUGGUGAUCUACUCGCUUCACGGACAUCUGCAAUGCUGCUGUUUUUCCGACAGUUGCUGUAAUUGUGAUAUCACCAAGUGAUUCCAUGCCAUGCCCUUUAGAUGCAACACAGCACAAUGAUAAAGUGAGCUUCACAUUAGCAUGAUUAGAGACUUUCCAUUUUGAUAUCGGCAUGCAUGUGACAUAUCUCACGUAAUGGAAAGGAUGUUCUUUUGGAUACCUGCCUCCAUCCACUCCUUCUCAUCUGUUUUCAUACUGAGUGCACUGGAUGCGUUUUUAAUUUGAAAUGCUAAUCAUUUAGAAGUAUAGAAACUGAAUGUAAAAUCUUAAGGGGAACAGUACAUAAAUGAGAUCAUAGCAUGAAAAAAGUAACCUGCAUUACGGUCUAUUUGACUAAGGUACUUUUGUAUCCUGGUAUAUUUAAUGCAUGACAAGAGUAUACAGCUUGUUGCAAUUCAGGCACUCUGCAGUGCCCUAUUGUCAGGGAAACUAAGGAAAUCAAAUUCUGGAUGUUUCUGAAUUGCGGUCAAAUAUAUCCAAACCCACCUUGAGGAUGCAGAGUUUCUAAUUUAAAAGUAGACAAAGAAACUGAAUAAAUAUUAUCAAAAAUGCAUUUAAUCAUAAUAAGCACCAAUUACAGUAUUACAUCAAUAGUGCAGUGCAUGGACCUUCUACAAAGAAGACAAUUAGUAGUCAUGCUUCCAUCUCCAUGUCAAAUUUUAGUACACUUUGUUUUGGAAUACACUCAAAAAGGAUCUUUACCAAAUUUCACAGAGAAUUAUUCUGACAUUAGUUGCUAGUGCCUUUAUCCCUUUCACCAACAGGACCAGUGAAAGUGCCUCAGUGUACAAUGGUAUUUGGUGAGGUUGAGCAGAGCUGGUUCACCUUUUUGGUGUUGGACACACUGUUGGUUAUGAUGUUAACGAUGCAAGAUACGCAAGGUUGAAACACAUGUAGAAGACGAUUGUGUUAAAAAAAAAAAGAAGAUGAUCCAUGGCUGUCAUGCACAACCCUAGUUUUCAUGCACUUAAUUAUGCCCUUAAGCAGCAAUGUAUUGUACUCUGCAUGUUUACCAAUCCAAUUCAAAGGAGAACAUCCACCCGUUUUCGGCAUAUUUUAUUCACGUCUGUUGUUUUUUUGUUUCUGCACCAUGCAUCCUUUCAGGGUCUCUACCUCAGCGAGGUCAUUGCAAACUUGCUGCAGAGCUGCAAGCUUCAAUGCAGGGCUUCCUUUACCAUAAUGCAAAAUGGAACCUUAAGUGUAAACAGCAGUCAUGCAAUAUUGAAUGUCAGAGUCCCAAAACAUAGCCUUUACACAAGCACUUAGGACAAAUAGUGUACCAGAAUCCUGCUCCUUUUGUUCACUUAAAGCUGCGCACAAUCAGAACAUUCAUUCAUCGAGAGUUUUUAGAGAUUGAUUGACUCUCCUGACAGGAUGAGGUUGACUGUUUUAUAUCUUACUUGCUUUGAAACAGUGGUAUGUAAGGUUGCUGUUGUGUCACAGAAGCACGCCUUACUGUUCAUCAACACGUGGGAGAGAGCAGAUAUAUUAAGUCUGAUAUAGUUUUUAUAUCUGUCAUACUGCAAUCCAGAGUGCAGCCCGAAGUUUUGCACAAUCAUUUUGUUCUGUUGCUUGAACCAUUUUUUGUUAAGUUAUAUCUUUUUUUCUGUGCUUGCUCAUACGUAGUGCAUUGUUUCUCAGCACAUUGUCCCAAACAAGCGAACUGCAGAUGGGCUGGAAUAAAUUCUAAUGACUACUUGAAAAUCUCCAGCUACUGUACAUCAAUCCACACUCAGUAUUGAGAUAAAUUCAUUCAAAUGAUAGUAAGAUUUUAUACUGUAUGCUAUUUUUUUUUAUUUUUUAAAUUUAGCAAUCUCCUGACAAGGUCCUAUGAAAAACAAAGCUCUGCUGCAGUGCUACUUGAAUGUCAUAGUUGUUUCUGUCGGUGCAAUGGCUAUCCUUUGUGGUGCUAGUACAGGACCACCAUUGUUGUCCUGUUACCAUCACAUGUCUGAAGCUGAAGCCUUCAUUCAUUGUUUUGGACAAGACUUUCUCCAUUCUAUGAUUUUUGUACCCUAUCUGGGUUUUUGUUUUGUUUAGUUAUUGGUGGUUGGUUAGUACAGGGCACUGUUUGUUAUUUUAUUUGAAACUGAUCUUUGUACUGUACUGCAGAAGGGUGUCUGCCUCAGGCGAGGUAAAUAUUUAAGAGCCUUGCUGGAUGUCAGGAUCUUAUCAUGAGAGCAGGAAAAGACAUGUUUGUGUCAGGGAUCUUCAAUUUGUGUAGGGUUUCUCAUACAGACGGACGCCAAUAACACCCAAUACCAUAUAUGUAAUACUAUUAUCACACACACACACACACACACACACACACACACACACACACACACACACACACACACACACACACACACACACACACACACACACACACACACACACACACACACACACACACAGAAUGAUACGAGGAAAUUAUAGUCAAGUCAUAAACGCAGCUAUCAGGAAAUCGUUCGCCCAGGUCAUCAAGAAUGACUAAUGCUUGAAAGUAGGAAAGUCAUGUCCUGCAUGCCACAGCUCAACAUGAGGUGAAGAAAAUACAAAUGAUACCCCUCACAUUAGCAGUGCUGUUGCUUCUCUUGCUGUGAGGGCAUGUAUGGAUGGUGCUAUGCAUUCAAUUACCCAAAAGAAACAUGCAUUCUUAACAGCAAUAGAAUAACAGAUAACCUGUUUCUUAGAUGCUUUUUUGUAAGAAAAAAAAAGAAAGAAAAAAAAUCAAAAAACAAAGAAACAAAUCUAUUUUGAAUGUCAGAGGAACUGUGAUCACUUGAUAGAUACUCACAACAGGGCUGUUCAUGUACCAACCUCUCCCUCUGUUCUGUGAUUUUUUUUUUGUAAGGUCAAUGGGGUUAAGAUGUAGAUGGAGGCCGACAUUUUGUUCAGAGAAACCCAUAAAGAAAAUGAAAUAAAAUCAAAAUAUAUAAUAUAUAGGCUUUUGUAACAAUGGCAUUCCCCAUUAACCACCCGGGUCAGACUCGAGUCGUUUUGUAGUUAGUAACAAAGGCUGAACCUUAUAACACCAUCCCGAAGGAACGGCCCAUAAUGCACUUAGAGAGGAUCUAUCAUCAGUUCACUGGGCUGAUCAGCUGUGCGAGUGAAUGUGAGAGAAGGUGCCUACAUUGUUAUUACAUGUUCAUAUUGUUCAGCUCACUGUCAGAUGUUACGCUUCUGCAAAGAAACUCAAGCAAGAAAAAACUGAAUCAAUUAAACUAAGAAAAAACAUGAGAACAAAAUGCAAUUUAGCUACAAUAAGAUAGAGAAAAGUAACCACUAUAUACUGCAAGUAAGUAUAAAAAAACAAAACAAUUUGAAUGUGUUUUUAUUUCCCUUUUUCUUUUGGUGGCACUGUCACGUGACUGAUUUAGGAAGAACAUGCCAUAUACUGGAACAUCAAAGGGUAUGUUCCACUGGCAAGCCAUUAUAACGAAACUACUGUAUUAUGAUCAAUUGUUAUACAAUAAAUGAUAUGGACAUUAAGUGAAUUUAAAAAAAAAAAAACAUGGUUUGUUUUUUUAAUUUCAAGAGAAGAAAAAAAAUACAGGAUUCAUUCAACCAUCAUGUUCCCAUUUUCUCCAGUCUCCGCUGCUGAACCUGCUGCUUUAAUGUAUCUCUACAGAAACCUACUGAUCGCAAAAAUAUGCAUGGUCGACGGAAGACUGCAUGAGCUUUGCCUUUCAAACUGUGGAUCAACUAUAACACAGUUGCAUCAUGUAAAAUAAAUUUAAAAAAUUUAAAAAAAAAAAGAGAGAGAAAGUAAAGAAACCCUUGCUUUCAUCUGCACCAAGGCUUUGUGUAAAAGGCCCUGUUCAGAAGUUGUUGUGAAACGUGUCCUCUGCUGGAUUUCUCAAAAGCACCUUAGCGCUGACCUCCUCACUAAGACGCCGCCGGGUAUCCGAGCCGCACUCGGCGCGUGUGGAUGUUCGGGUUGUGCUCGCUUAGGCUCUGAAUGUGAGCGAGGACAUAAAGGGCUAGUUUCUCAGACUUCUAUCUCUAUUCUAGGACUGAAGCGCUCGUUCGUGUGACACUUCGCCCACUCUCAUCUCAGUCUAGACUGUAGUGAUACUGUGUUGUGAGAAACAUGCCUGUCGUGUCUCAGCAGGGCCCGUGUCACACAGCCUUGUCUGUACCACAUCGGUUUUUAAGGCGUUCCUUGUUGGCUAAAAGGUCUUGAUACUGGACUGCUUUCUGCCUGCUGAGGAGGCACUGAACAGGAUCAAAUGUCAGGAUUGUUGUGUACCUCACUCGCCAAAGGUGACUUUCAGUGAGAAGAUCGGGCUCGCGACGGCUGAGUUGGUCUUUUCCGUCAAGGACGCACGUCUGACUGCAAGUAUAGGGCCGUUUUUGGAGGACAUUUGCAAAAAAGUGAACUGUUGAACUCUUCCGCUCUUCUUUUCAUCCACAAGCAAAACCAAACCUCUUUCUUGUGUUUUCUGAUCCAAUCACCAUUGUCAUGUUGUGUUUAUUGAGGAUUAUGCUGCAAUGUGUUCAGUUUGUCUGAUGAUGACGACAAAGGCAUGGUCUGUGAUCUAUGCAAGGGUUAUUUGUUUUUGUUUUUCUUAUAUCACUUUUGAUUUCAUCUUACAUUACCUACAAUAAAUUUUUAAGGAUC